CCAGCCCAUUGACGGAUAAUGUCACCAAGAAAUCAGGUCUCAGGCAGCCUCACUGAAGCACACACGGCAGAAAUCCGCACAGCUACAAAUGUCCCCUGUCGGGGGGUAUUUCCCAGGUCUGCCCCGCCUUCUGGGGACCUCCCAGCCCCGCGGGGUCACUCUCCCCUUGCUUGAGGCUUCUGCUCGGCUUUUGCCACCAGCGCUGGCGCAGCCGCGGCCCCGCGGACAGCAGGUGCCGAUGCUCCCUUCGUGCUUCUGACACCAAAACGCGCUCGAGGAAGAGCGGGUGCAAAGCGGGUGUCCCUGCCCCCGGGACUCGGAGAGAGCUGCCGACCGGGCCCGGCGCACCCCUCGCUGCGGUGAGGCUGUCCCGGGCCCGCCCCCCCGCAGCGGCCGCAUCAAUCAUUAACGGCGGCUCGGGUGUCCAGCACCUCCCUCCCCGGGAAACCCUACCCGGGGCGGAGGGGGCGUCUCUCCCCGCUCCCCGGGAGCACUGGCUGCGUUGGAUGCGCCGCCGGUUUCCAGUUACCGCGAUGCCGGGCGGCGGGGCGGGAGGAGCCGCGGCGGUGCCGCCACUGCCCCUGCUGCAAUGAGUGAUGCUGCCGGGGGCGGCGGCGGAGGAGGAGAAGCGCAGAGACACCGCGGCUCCUCCGCCGGCGGCUGCGGGAGCGGCGGUUUCUCCUCGGCCGAGCGGCGGCGGCGGGGCGCGGCGGCGGGCGGCGGGCCGGGGGCGGCCGGGGUGCCCGGGGCCGGCGGGGACAGCAGCAUGCCGGCGGGAGAGGGGAACAAGGAGGAGGCGGCGGCGCCGCCUCCUCGCCCUGCAGCCCUGCUGCGGUGGGACGAGGUGCCCGAGGACUUCGUGGAGUGCUUCAUCCUGUCGGGCUACCGGCGGCUGCACUGCUCGGCGCAGGAAUGCUUGGCUUCGGUGCUGCAGCCCACCAACGAGACCCUCAACUUCUGGACCCACUUCAUCCCGCUGCUGCUCUUCCUCAGUCGCUUUGGGCAACUGCUGCUGCUGCGGGGUGCCGGGGACGUGCCCUUCCAUCACCCGGCCCUGCUGCCCCUCUGGUGCUACGCCUCGGGGGUGCUGCUCACCUUUGCCAUGAGCUGCACGGCCCACCUCUUCAGCUGCCUCUCCCCACGCCUCCGUGCAGCCUUCUUCUACCUGGACUACGCCUCCAUCAGCUACUACGGCUUUGCCAGCACCGUGGCCUACUCCUACUACCUGCUGCCAGGGCUGAGCCUGCUGGACGCCAGCGCCAUGAGCCGCUAUGUGCAGCAGCGGCUGGGCUGGCAGCUGGACUGCAGCCUGCCCAUCGCAGCCUACCGCGCCCUGGUGCUGCCCGUGGCCUUGGCACUGGCCGUGGGCUGCACGGCCGCCUGCUGCCGCAGCCGCGCCGCCUGCUGCGCCUACCCUUUUGCUGUGCGCACCUUCGUCUUCGCCAUGCCGCUGAGCAUGGCCUGCCCCAUCAUGCUGGAGAGCCUCCUCUUUGACCUCCGCACCCGCAACCCCACGCUCUUCGUCUACUUCUACCGGCGCUACUGCUGGCUGCUGGUGGCCGCCUUCUUCAACGUCAGCAAAAUCCCUGAGCGGAUCCAGCCAGGGCUCUUUGAUAUUGUGGGGCACAGCCACCAGCUUUUCCACAUCUUCACCUUCCUCAGCAUCUAUGACCAGGUGCACUAUGUGGAGGAUGGGCUGGCUGAGUUUCUUAAGGCACCUUUGGCUGUGCCCACCUACCUGGGCACUGUGGGGUAUAUGCUGCUCCUGACACUCUGCCUGGCCGUGGUCGUCAGGAGAUUCCUCAACGUCACAGACCUCUGCAAGCAGGACUAGCCGGGCUGGCAACCCUCAGGACAGCAACCACCGUACCAGUCACCCUUCAGCUGAAGACCCUUGGGCCAAUGACCUUCAGACUGGUGACCCUCACACCGGCCCCACCAUGUCCUGAAGAUGCUGUGAAACCUGGGGGAAAUGCACCUGUGCAAGAGCCAGGUCCCUUUUGCAGGGGGUUGCCAGAGAGAAUGACCACGGUGGAACUGCUCGUGCUCUUUAAACUACUAGGUUACCAGGGGAAGCAAGCAAACGCUUACUGGUAUGUUGCUGCUUAGAGUAUAAGCUGAAGUAAUUUAGCUCUGCUACUAGGAAGAAUGCAUGAACUGGGAAUGCCACUUACUCAUUUCGUAACAAUUAGGUUUAAACUAGCUCUGCCUAUACAUAUAUAUAUUUAUAUAUCUAGCUAUAUAUUUAUUAGCUACAUAUAUAUGUAUAUAUAUAUAUGAAGACAUUUGUGCAAUGAUUACUCAUAGACUUUUAAUCAAUUCCUAUGUGAAAUUUCCUAGCAGAUUAUGCACUGACAUUUAUCUUCCUCUGUGAUACUGUAACAGGCCUUUGCAGCCACAUACUGGAUUUUAAAUGCAAACAAAUCGAUAGCUAUCUAUAGUUUCUAAGGUCUUGCAGCCUUUUCAGCCAGGGAACAAUGGAUUUAUCAGAGAGAGGAAAAACACCUGUGAAUUAUUACAGAAUUACCAGUUGAUGGAGAGACUUUAAUUAGACAGGCAGUGAGUGGUCAGUGUAGCCACUCAGAUACUAAAAUAAAAUAGAUGGAUAUGUAGAAUAACUGAACCAGAAAAGGGUCAAGCUAGUUUGGAGCAGGGGCAGGGGGAAAUGAAGGGCACUGCAUAAUGGCAUGGCUCUUCCCCCAGCAUGUCAGAAACAUCUGUCGCAUUAAGGGGGUUGCUAAGGGGCCCCUUUAUCUUCCCUGGUAAAACACCCCCAAAUCAGCCCUUUAGAGUCAAAGUCAGAUGCCAGACUUUCUAUAAGCCUCUGCCAAGCUCAGUGGGAGUUCUGUGGAUGUAAAGAGAGUAACUGAUGCAUGAGAUCUCAUUCUGGAUCUUUUAGAGACUUACGUGGAACUGGUUUCUUCUGCUUUUUAAUUAGAGCACUCUUUCAGAUCUGCCAUCAUAAAAUGAGUUGCAGAACAAGAUACUGCUGAUUCUGAGUUCAGGACCUAAAAUCUGUCUCUACUGGCAUUUUCUCAUCAUUCCAUACCUUUUCCUAUUUUGAUUAGUUGUGGCUGCAGCCGGGUGUUUUGCAGUCCUCUUUCAGAUGCUGGGGGGGAGGAUGCAUGUCAAAUACAAGAAUUAUGAGAUAUUUUCCAAAGCAGUAUCUUUUCACAGCAGCCCAGGUAUUAUCCUUCUCCCAUGACGAACAGCUAACUAUAGAUUGAACUUUCUAUAUGAAAAGACAUUUUUGUAAACUAUGUGCAGAUUUUAAAUGGAUGCAUUUUGAUUUUGUCUGACAUAUGCAAUAAUAUUACAAAAGGAGGUUACAACUUGAAGUUCAGGUGAGAAACUGCUUGUAUACCCUGUUUUCAAAAAGAAGAGUGGUACAUCCUCAGGAAACAGUGGUGUCACACUGCACAAUAGUGUAGUGGCUCUUUAACUCAGCCUUUUUGCUCCUGUUGUGGAAAUACAUUUCUGCUUGGAUCUUUCCUAUUUUCACAGACAUGGCAUCUGAACACCAAUAAAAUGGUUUGAGUCCAGUCCCAUAGUCUUCUGUAAGAGAAAGCCCCCUUUGUUUAUACUGCGAAUAUAGGAAGGACUAUAGCUAGGGAUUAUGAGGUCAAAUCCUUAAGAUGGGUCAGAAUCAUCACAGAAACCAAUAACUGGUAAGUCCUGUACCAAUGUCAGCUUUGUGAAGAUUGCCCUAUGAAAGUGUAUAAGCUAGAAGAAAAUUACACCCACUUCUUUCUAUCUUUUAUCUCAACCCAUUUUAACUUUAAUGGUUUGGAUCUUUCAGAUUCUCAGUGAAUGAUGAGAACGGCCUAACAAAAAUAUGUAUUCUUUGCCAACCUCAGUUUUGCUACUAUAUAAUUUGUGGAAGGAUCACAUGUGGUCUCUUGAAGAAAUUGGCUAGAAUUUUCUGAAACAUCAGUUCCCAAACUGCAGCCUCUUGAGUUAUCUCUGGUGGGCCAUAAAAACCAGCACAGCCCUAUGUGGCUGGCUGUGUUCUGUUUUCAUUUGCCAACCUGCACUAAAAGAAAAUUAAAACUACAUGACGUAUUUUUAAUUUUACAUAUUUUCAUUAACUUUUGUCAUAAACAUGUUAUUGCUUUAUUCAGCUGUCAGUGAAGCAGAAAAUUAUCUGCACCACUGGGAGAGGAGGCUGGUCCACAACACUCUCAUGCUUUGAAAUGUGCUUUAUAUUGUGAAAAAAGCCUGGAAACUCACAAUAGAAAGCAAAUGGGUCAAGACCUGCAACCAUGUCAUCCUAUGAAUUUUCACUACUGCAAAAAGAGGCUGAAAUCUUUGAGAUGUGUUGUAUCCAACUUAAAAUAACAGAAGCAUAGGAGUUAGAGUCCAAUGACUCAUCCAAGUUUCAAAACCAAUUAUGUAGAAAGGGUUUGCCUGGGAGAUGCCACUAGCAUGCCCAACCAGCAAUUAAAAACUAUAAAAGAAAUCAAAAAGGCUGAGGAGACCAAAUCUCGGCACUAGAAGACAGCUCAUAGAAAAGCAACAGCAGAAGCCAAACGUAAAAAAAAAAAAGGCUUUUAAAGCAUGUUGUAUAAUGAAUUAUAUUUGUGCUUGUCAGUCACAAUGUAGAGGACAUCUCAAGAGGCAAUGUCAAAAAAGGCUGUUGCUAACUUGUAAAAAUACAUUUGAUAUUUGCAGUUAGGCCACACAGGGUCGUCUAUAUAUAUCUCAACGACAGAUAACAGUAUAAAGGUUGGAUUGCAACCAAUUGAAAUUUUACUGGAAUCUCACUGCUGUUUUAAGAGUUGCCUGUGAGCCCCAGUCAUGCUGCCGAUGUGGUACCUGGCUCUAAUAUUAAGAAUAUUGCUUAAUUUAGAAGUUUCUAUUGGCAAAACGUUGAGGCAUGUGUAUGUGCCGAAGCACUUUGUGGAAUUAUUUGUAAACGCUGGUUGCAAGUACUGCUCUCUAAGCCACUGUAAGCAAGCUGUAUGAACGGGUACAUGGAGAUGUGAUUAGAUUUUAAGAGUUCUAAUUACUGUAUGUUUGUUUAAAAUGUGGCUACAAAUUUAGAAGUUGCAAUAAGUGUGGAGAAUAUCUAGGGAAAUGCUACCUGAGUGUCUGUGUUUAUUCGGUGAAGGACAUGUACGUAGAUAAUUGCUCCAUUUGCCAUGUCUGGUCACCAGUCUCCGUAAAUAUGGGCAGGACAAAACUGAGUAAAAAUGUUAAAAGAGGAACAAGACAUCUAUAAUUAUAGUGCUUGAAUUUGCUCAUGUACAAGCGAAUGUCAGCAGCUGUGUGGCUUGUAAGGGAGUGGGAUCUCUUUUUGUUGUAAAAGCACAUGUGGCUAAACGUCCGUAAGCAUGUCCGGAGCUUAGACACGAGGUCUAACCUGCAGACUAGAUGCAUAUAAGGACAUCCUAGAAAAUGAACUUAUUUGAAAAAGUACCUGUCAUAAUGUUUUUAUCGUCUGGGUACUUGCCAUAAGGUCUACACUAUGGACUUUACAGAUCGUCUUUAAAACCAAAAAGGAUUUUCAGACCUUUUGUGGUAGAAUCUGUAUGGGGAUUUGGGGGCGAGGUGAGAACUGGAGCACAAGGUGGUGGCCUGAAAAUGCCAAUGAGUCUUUCCGUCUUUGGCCAACACUGCCCUUCAGACUGACACACCUGUGCCAGUGUGAACUGACAGUUGAUGGGGCCAGUUCCUGGAGUGUUGGUGGCACAGACACCCUCCUUGCAAUCACCACGUGCCUAGAACUGCACUCUACACUUAUUCCAUACGCCCAGCUUCUGGGCACUGCCGAGUAACCUGUAAGCUUUAAGCUCAUCUUUGUGUAAGACUAAUGUACCUGGUCUGUAGUAAGUAGCCCAUAUUCUCUGGCGAUACACCAUUUCUUCUUCUGCAGUGUAAUCAUUUGAAUGUCACUCUCCAGGAUAUCUGUGCAGCUCUGAGCUGCUUCAUUAGCACAACUGGAGUCUGCAGUCUGGAAACAAAGGGAAAGGUUUCAUCAGCGUGCUGCACUUGUAGAAGUUUAGCAGUUAAAAGUAGAAACACAUUGGGUUUUGCUAAAAUGAUAGGUUUGCUCAGUUGUCCAAGUGUUGUGCUUAUUAUUUAUUUGCUGAACCCAGCUACUAUGUUGGGGUUUUGUCAACAGUGGCCCUGUAGAAAAAUGAAAGUUUUACUUCAUGUUUAAGUAAACUCUCUGAGGCAGCACAUUCAUAAAGUAUUAGUGCACUUAACUCAGUUGAUUACCAUCCACAUGCCUUACAGAAGGAAAUCAUACCUGUAGUAAUUGCCCAGUUCAUACUGAUUUUCAUUGCCUAUGAGAGUCAAAAUGACCAAGUGGCCAGUAACAAGCUGAGGAGUCAGGCACUCCUGGGUUCUUGUACCUGCUUUGCCACUACCCGUUCUGUAAUCUAGGGCAAGUUAUUUGAACCAUGUUCAUUUUGCAUUAAUUUAAAACACUGGAAUUGUACCAGGGUUGAAUUUGACCCUCUAUGUCUCAGUUUCCACAUCUGUAAGAUGCGGAGAAUAUACCUUACCUACCUCGCAGGGUUGCUCUGAAGACUAGCUAAUGUUUGUAAAGCACUUAAAAAUGCAAAGACCCUCCUAGGUGCUAAGAAGAAAUACUAUUGAACUCCGGCACAGAGAAUGUUUUAUUUUUCCAUAGCUCCUCAUCUCACAGGGAGAGGAACAUGAACGUUUCUAGAUCAUGAACUCUUGGGACAAACCCUCAUCACUGCCCUACUCCUAGGAGGUUCACAUCCUGUGUCCUUUGGCAAAAUUUCCGCUGGCUUCAGGCAGGGCGCAAUUGAGACCUAAGCUGUAGCAAACAGGCUGACUGAAUGCUUAAGGGUCAGGAGUAAAGAAAAAACAUACAGGAGUUAAAUAUUAUUCUCUUCAGAAAUUCUCACUGGUGACCUGUACCAAGGAGCACCAUAAUGCUGACAUGAGGCCUCCUUGUUUGUUUAGCCAUGGAUUGUAUUCCAGUUACCACAAAACAAUGGAGUAAAAUUUCCCAUCAAUGUCUCUAAGACAAUGAUUGUGUCUCAGUUGCCACUGGGAAUUUCAACAUACUUCAAGCUACUUCUUAUCAGAGUAGAAAGACCUUAAAUAAAUGAAGCUUUUAAAUAAACGUGUGUAAUCAUUUGGGAACAUAAAAUUCUAUUGAUCAGACAAACAACUUUGUCUUUUCCCCUCCUGUUCCCCAAUAUCAACAGCAUGGAGCCAAUCCUAUUCUUGAGCGAAAACUGAACUUGGAUCUUCUUAUCACUGAUGUGUACCCUUCCUUUGCUGUGGAGCCCUGACUAAUCAUCCUGCUAACCCACUUUGCCCUUGUCCUGGAGGGACUGAUAUAAACAGCACCACUGACUAGAGGAUGAUGGGUUUAAGGGUUUUUAUAACUGGCAGCAGCAACAGAGACAAAAAAAAAAAGGACAACAAACAAAGACAUCAAAGGGUUUGAGUGGUUCAUUAAAUCAAAGCUUCUACCAUUAGAAACCCUGAGUAUAUUCCUAGCUUCUGUUAGACACCUGUAAGUCAGGGCUACACAACCAACACCCAGGUUACAGCUGAGACUUUACUUUCUUCUCCUCAGAUGAGAUGCAAGAUGCCGAGGAAGUGUCAGACGCACUGAAAGGCACAGACCUCCAUUCAAGACAUUUCAUGUCUUGGAGCUGGGUGUGGAAUAACGUGAAAUUAUUUUCACAACUGGCUUAGACAGAUGCUGCUUCACUCCACUGAAUUCAGUAACAAAUGAAUGACCCAGACAAAGGAAGCAGGGUUUUGCUCAGAGUUCCCUGCAAGGAAACACCACCAGCAGAUUUCUGCUUUCAGGGGCCAUACUCAGAACACAGAGGAUUCUGAAGUAGGGCUUCGCUAUUUCAUAUGAACGCCUUAGGAUUUGUGGUUGUAGCUGGGGUUAAUAGUAUGGAGAAACAGUUUAUAGCAAGUCAAGUCUGCCUGCUAGAGAUUCAAGCACGCUUUAGUAAGAGGUAUCACAUUUAAGGGUCUGUGCAUGCAAUGAACAAAAAGUGUGAAUUUCGUUUGGUUCUCUUGGGAGGGUUUGAAAAUAUACUCUUUGUACACUUUUGGAUGCUGACUACUGUAUAUGUAAUGACUAUGCAUUUUUAGCAAAAAAAAAAAAGUGUGAGUUAUAAAUAAAGUUGAUUCUGAGUACA